CAGAGCCUGGGCCUCGCAGGCCGCAGGGGAAGCGGCUUUUCCUGGCGUCGCCGUGGCAACGCGCGCGGUUGUUUCCGGGAGCGGUGGCGGAGGUGCUGGGAGCAGCGGAACGAAAGGCGGACAGACCUCAGUUGCUCCGACGGAGGAGGGCCCGUCUGUCCGUUCUUACAAGUUUCCCCCACCCCGGACCUAAGUGUAUGCAAAUCCAGGUUCUCCUGCGUUUUAGCGUCGCCGCUGGCCCAACUUAGAGGUUGACUGAAGACCCUUCUUUCCUCAGAUUUCUUGACCUACAGAAUGCUUCGAUAUCCAUAUUUUUGUAGAGUGCACAUAGGAUUGUUUUCAUGCUUUGUGGAGUCUGGUGCUUUUAGUUUGGGUGUCUGUCCCCAAACAAUGCACACUACAACAGCAAUGCAUACUGAAUAUGAAACCCUGGAGGAGACAGUCCUGUGUGGUACCCAGAAGGCGCAUAGUUCCAAAGAGGAAGAUUCUGGAGUCAUGGCUAAAUUACAUAUCCCAGUAAUGGUGGAUGAAGUUGUUCAUUGCUUGACCCCACAAAAAGGGCAGGUUUUUCUGGAUAUGACAUUUGGUUCAGGAGGACACACAAAAGCCAUGCUGCAGAAGGAGCCCGAUAUUACUGUCUAUGCCUUAGACCGAGACCCAACGGCUUAUGCUAUAGCUGAGCAGCUUUCAGAAGUAUAUCCGAAACAGAUCCAGGCUAUGUUGGGCCAAUUCAGCCAGGCAGAGGCUUUGCUAAUGAAAGCUGGAGUGCAGCCAGGGACUAUUGAUGGAGUUCUUUUGGACCUGGGGUGUUCCUCCAUGCAACUUGAUGCUCCUGAGCGAGGUUUCUCCCUUCGGAAGGAUGGCCCCUUGGACAUGAGGAUGGAUGGAGACAGGUACCCUGACAUGCCCACUGCUGCUGAUGUUGUGAAUGCUUUAGAUCAACAAGCACUUGCAUCCAUCCUAAGAGCAUAUGGAGAGGAGAAGCACGCCAAGAAAAUUGCUUCUGCAAUCAUUCAAGCACGCAGCAUAUACCCUAUCUCUAGAACCCAGCAGCUUGCCAGCAUUGUUGCAGGUGCCUUUCCUCCCUCGGCUGUCUAUGCAAGAAAAGACUUACUACAACGAUCCACCCACAUUGCUACCAAGACUUUCCAAGCUCUUCGCAUCUUUGUGAACAAUGAGCUCAAUGAACUCUAUAUUGGACUGAAGACAGCACAGAAGUUUCUGAAAACUGGUGGUCGCCUUGUUGCCCUCUCCUUUCAUUCCUUAGAAGAUCGCAUUGUCAAACGAUUUUUGCUUGGGAUAAGCAUGACGGAGAGAUUUAACUUAAGCAUUAGACAAAAGGUGAGGCAAGCUUCACAGCUGAAUUUAGAUCCUGAGCUUGAGGAGAGCAGCUCUGCGAAAGCACCUCUGAUGUGGGAACUGAUACACAAGAAGGUACUUACUCCUGGAGAUGACGAUGUCCAAGAUAAUCCCAGAGGACGCUCAGCCAAGCUCAGAGCAGCUAUCAAAUUAUAAGGAUCUUUUCAUUGGAUCCUCAAGUUUUUCCUCAAUGAUUUUAUUUUUUUUUUUCUAAUUUAAAACUGUUUCUGAACAGCUGAAUGCAAUGUAAAGUAUGGGGAAGUCUGGAAAUUAAUGGCAUUUAGCUUUUUUUUUUUCCUCUGAAGAAAAUAUAGGAAUUUUUAACAUGACAUAAAAACUUUUAUUCAGGGAGCAGAGAGUCUCAAAAGUGGAAAACUAUUUUUAUCUCUGUAUUGUAUUUGAAUUACAAAAUGCAAUCUUUUCUUUGAUGAGGAACUGGAAAAACUAUGACAUUGUAUUAAUCUGAAUUAAAUUCAAGCUUCCAAAGAGAAUGAUAACCAUAUCUGUAUGCCAUAAAUUCCAGAAUGAGACAUUCACAUUUGCAAUAGACUUUCUAUGGCUCAAAUAAUGCAUGAUGAUCAUGGAACAAUUUGUAAUUUUCCCUACUAUAGCUUUCUCAAAUGUAAGCUUUUUAUACAUUUAAAUUUUCCAACAUUAUUUAAAAUAUGCCAGCCAUAUGGUGGAACAUGCCUUUAAUUCCAGCACUUGGGGAGGCAGAGGCAGAAGGGUCUCUGUGAGUUUGAGGCCAGCCUCAUCUACAAAGUUGAGUACAGGACAGCCAAGGCUACACAGAGAAACCCUGUCUCAAAAACAAAGAAGCAAAACAUACCGAUGAUUUUCACAGUGAAAUCAUAGUUCAUUGCUUUGAAGGCAUUUCUCUGUAUGAUUCAUGUUACAUGUAUUGCAACUUAAAACGUACUCAAAAAAAUUGCCCUAACAUACACAUAGAAAAUUUGAGUUACAGAAUUUCUAUUUGCUGUCAAUUAUAUCU